GUGGAGUUUCCUGCCUUUAAUAACAGCACUUUCAGCAGCUCUUCAGCAAACAUAAUUUCCACUCUCCUGCUAAAUAUUUGGAGGAUUUACAGUAAAGCCAUGCAUCACCUCUUAAUUUGCUUGUUUGUAUUUUCUGUUCAAAGCUCUGCGCUCCCAUCUGGAAAUGGCUCCACUCCCUUUCUGCGGACUUUUUCUGGCCACUUUGUAAUGGUUGGAGAUGAUGCAGCAGACUACCUAGACCUGUCACUCUUAGAUGAUGGAGGCUCAGGCUCGACGGAGUCCAGAAAAGUACACCCCCCUCACCCCCAUCAUCCCCGGAAGCACUAUUAUGUCUCGGAGGAGACCAAAGCAUUUCUCGAGGGUGGCUUGGCCACACGUUUCAUCCCCACCGUUUACAUCUUCGUCUUCAUCAUCAGCGUGCCCCUUAACCUUCUUGCCACGGUGAUGUUCGUGCGCCAAAUCCGUCCCAAGAAGCCGGCGGUGAUCUACAUGCUCAACCUGGCCUGUGCUGACCUGCUGUUCGGGCUGCUCCUUCCCUUUAAGAUCGCCUACCAUUAUCACGGCAACAACUGGAUCUACGGAUCCUUCAUGUGCAGAGCCGUCACUGCUGCCUUCCACUGUAACAUGUACUGCUCCGUCCUGCUUGUGAUGUGCAUCAGCAUUGACCGUUUCCUGGCUGUGGUUUACCCCAUGAACUCGCUCAUGUGGCGCAGCCCUCAGACGGCUUCAGCUGUGUGCGCGGCUAUGUGGCUCUUAUCCCUGGGAGGAGUGUGCCCCCUGCUGAUCUCAGAACAGACCUUACAUGUAUCGUCGCUGGGCAUCACCACAUGCCAUGAUGUGCAGGACGUAGGAAAACUACAGUCUUACUAUCUUUACUUCUUCCCCAUCUACUCCUCUGUGUUCUUCUUCAUCCCUUUCAUAUUCACAGUUGUCUGCUACGUACGCAUCAUUCAGGCUCUGGCUGAAGCCAACGUGGAGAACCGCUCCAAGAAGACUCGCGCUGUGGUGAUGGCUGUGGUUGUCCUGCUGGUGUUUGUGGUCUGUUUCACCCCCACCAACAUCAUCCUCAUGGUUCACUACAUUCAACUGGCGCACAAGGCUAGCAACAGUUCUUACCAGGCAUACCUGCUCUCCAUGUGCAUAGGAAGCUUCAGCUGCUGUCUGGAUCCGGUCCUCUAUUACUUCGGGUCCUCUCAGUGCCAGAAGCAGGUGGUGACUCUGCUCAGAUGCAGGCGACCGGGACAGGGAGAGAUCGGCUCGCACACAAGCAGCACAAGAACCAGCAAGUUGACAGAGAGCAGCAGAUCGUGCAAAAUGGAGAGCGUUCAGACUGAAAUGGGGAGCCAUUACAGCAGGCUGAUGGCUUAAGACACAAGGACUGAAAAACUGUUCGGCUCUCAGCCAUAUCCACACUAUAACAGAUUACUUCUGUGUUUGCUCGAACUGUUUGUUAUCAAGAAGCGCACGAGGUGGAUUAGAUGAAAUAUGAAACUUGAUGUGGUGCCGACUUUAGACCCCAGUGGUAGUGCUGGGUUUAUUUGUAUCAGAACAAGCACAUUGGUAGCAUCAGUGUGUACAUGCAAGCAGUUAUCUUCUAUUAUUUUAUAGUCAUAAAAUGUAAUCACCACUUUGAUAGUGUGGAAUAUAUUGGAUUCAUUCCACAAUAAGAAAAACAUUUUAACAAUAACUUUUUAUUUUAUAUUCAACACAUCUGUGUUUCCAGUGAAUAAUGGGUAUGACAGUUAGUGCACUGUUAAUAAAACAGUUUUAAUAACUGUGUUAUGAUAUGACAAAAACAGCUGUCGAUGUGGUUUUCCCAACACGAUGCCGUUACAGUGAGUAAAUACUUAAAGGAGAUUAAAUCAUUUAUAACUU